AAUCGAUUAAAGGACCUCGAAUCAUUAACCAAGCAAGAUGUAUUACGAGUUGUUUGCUAUAUCGCGUAUUACCGAUCCCUUAAGAAGUAAUAGAGAAGUGAAAAACAUUGCCACCACUGUUGGUAGAUUAAUACUAAAUAAUAGAGGGGUUAUAAGGGAAAUCACCAAUUUAGGACCACGUCCAUUACCAAAAAUCAUGAGUAAAGAACAAGAAAGACAUUUCCAAGGUUAUCAUUUCUUAAUGGGAUUUGAUGCCAGUGCCACAGUUCAACAUGAGCUAUUAAGAACAAUUAGAAAAGAUCCAAGAAUCUUAAGAGCAUCAAUAAUUAAGAAUGAAAUGGGUAAAAAAAUCAAUAUUCCAAACUCUAUUGAAAGAGCCCUUGCUGGUGGUAAAUAA